UCCUCCCUCCACCACCUCAUCCUCCUCCUCCACCCCCUCCUUCUCCUCCUUUCUCUUACCUCCUUUUCCUCUGUCAUUUCCAUCCUGUUCACAUGUCCCGGCGAGGCGGCGGUGACUGGAGCGUGUGUUUGUGUGUGUGUUUGUUGUUUGAACAUUGAGAAUGGCUCAGCUCAGGUGCAGGCAUCCGGCUGUGGGGACCAGUCCAGCAGGACCUAGGACCAGUUUAUUUACCCAGACAACAGAGCUCUCCUCUGGGCUGAACGCUGGAGCUUGAGCCCAUAGUUGGACCUCCAACCUUGGAGCUCUACUUCCUGUAACUGAACUGUUUUUUUUAUACCUUAUAUUCUUAAUCAAAAGGACAAUCUGAACUGACUGUGGAUCAUUUGAGUAGCUCUUUUUUUAUUUGUAUGAUUGGCACUUGUUUUGCACUUUGAUUGGAGUCUGUGGAGGAGCUUCAAGAGGUGAAACAAGAGGAGUACGUCCUGUCUCCGUCCUGCCCCAAAGUGCAUCUGCUGAGUCUGGAUAGCUGCCGAGGGAAAUAAAGAACAAAAGAAAAGAGGGCAAGAGUUGCAACAAAAAAAAAAGGAGAGGAAAAUCCUCUUUCACACACCUGUGAGGGCUCCUUCUCGGACAAAAGCCAAGAAAAGGAGGGACAAAAAAGACAAUUAGGAGCGAAGAAGAAAAAGAGACUCCGUUCCCUCCGUUCAUCCCUCCUGCGCCCCGUUUCCCACCUGUGAGGAUUAAUUGGACUGGAGCAGCAUGGCGCACGCCGCCUCGCAGCUGAAGAAAAAGGCGGAUGAGAAUCUCAACGCUGUGGAGGAUGAGAAGGAGAAGAAGAAGGCGGCGAGGAAGCGGUCGCGUGAAUUGAAGAAAAAGACGGAUGUAAACGCUUGUUACCUGCGAUCAGCUCGUGCCGGGAACCUAGAGAAAGCCUUGGACUACCUGAAGAAUGGAGUCGACAUUAAUAUCUGCAAUCAGAAUGGCCUGAACGCGCUUCAUCUGGCCUCGAAGGAAGGCCAUGUAGAAGUGGUGGCUGAGCUCAUCAAGCAUGGUGCCAAUGUGGAUGCAGCUACCAAGAAAGGAAACACAGCCCUCCACAUAGCUUCUCUUGCCGGGCAGACAGACGUGGUGAAGGAGCUGGUCACCCAUGGAGCCAACGUCAACGCACAGUCUCAGAAUGGCUUCACUCCUCUGUACAUGGCAGCGCAGGAGAACCACAUGGACGUGGUUCAGUUCUUGUUGGACCAUGGCUCGAGUCAGAGCAUCGCCACAGAGGAUGGAUUCACUCCUCUGGCUGUGGCGUUGCAGCAGGGUCACGAGCAGGUGGUUUCUCUCCUGCUGGAAAACGACACAAAGGGGAAGGUCCGGCUGCCUGCGCUGCACAUCGCCGCACGAAAAGACGACACCAAGGCCGCAGCGCUGCUCCUCCAAAGCGACCACAAUGCAGACGUGGAGUCAAAGAUGAUGGUGAAUAGAACAACAGAGAGCGGCUUCACUCCUCUUCAUAUCGCGGCUCACUACGGAAACAUCAACGUAGCAACACUCCUGCUGAACAGAGGGGCAGCUGUGGACUUCAAGGCAAGGAAUGACAUCACACCGCUGCACGUAGCAUCCAAACGUGGAAACGGCAACAUGGUGCGACUGCUGCUGGAGAGAGGGGCCAAGAUAGAUGCUCGGACCAAGGACGGUCUGACUCCUCUGCACUGCGGAGCGAGGAGCGGCCAUGAGCAGGUGGUGGAGAUGCUGCUGGACAGAGGAGCUCCGAUACUGUCCAAGACAAAGAACGGCUUGUCUCCGCUCCACAUGGCGACGCAGGGCGACCACCUGAACUGCGUCCAGCUGCUGCUGCACCACGAGGUGCCCGUGGACGACGUGACCAACGACUACCUGACGGCGCUGCACGUGGCCGCACACUGCGGACACUACAAGGUGGCCAAGGUGAUCGUGGACAAGAAGGCCAACCCCAACGCCAAGGCUCUGAAUGGUUUCACUCCUCUGCACAUUGCCUGCAAGAAAAACAGAGUCAAGGUGAUGGAGCUGCUUCUGAAGCACGGAGCGUCUAUACAGGCUGUCACAGAGUCCGGUCUGACUCCGAUCCACGUCGCAGCUUUUAUGGGACACGACAACAUCGUGCACCAGCUGAUCCACCACGGGGCUUCACCAAACACCAGCAACGUGAGAGGAGAGACAGCGCUCCACAUGGCAGCGCGGGCCGGUCAGUCCAACGUGGUGCGGUAUCUGAUCCAGAAUGGAGCGAGAGUGGAUGCAAAAGCCAAGGACGACCAGACUCCGCUGCACAUCUCCAGCCGCCUCGGUAAGCAGGACAUCGUCCACCAGCUGCUGGGAAACGGAGCGUUCCCGGACGCCACCACCAGCUCUGGAUACACGCCUCUGCACCUGGCUGCCAGGGAGGGACACAGAGACCUGGCUGCUAUUCUGCUGGACCAAGGAGCCAGUCUGGGCAUCAUUACCAAGAAGGGCUUCACCCCUUUGCAUGUGGCGGCAAAAUACGGCAAAAUGGAGGUCGCCAACCUGCUGCUGCAGAAGAACGCUCCGCCCGAUGCUGCUGGCAAGAGUGGACUAACUCCACUGCAUGUGGCAGCUCACUAUGAUAACCAGAAGGUGGCGCUGCUCUUGCUCAAUCAGGGAGCCUCACCGCAUGCUGCUGCGAAGAACGGUUACACACCGCUCCACAUCGCAGCCAAGAAGAAUCAGAUGGAUAUCGCCACCACGCUGCUGGAGUACGGCGCCUCCACAAACACAGUUACACGCCAGGGAAUCACUCCUCUGCACCUCGCCGCUCAGGAAGGAAACGUGGACAUUGUGACGCUGCUGCUGGCUCGAGAUGCUCCAAUAAACAUGGGAAAUAAGUCCGGUCUGACUCCGCUCCACUUGGCCGCACAGGAGGAUAAAGUCAACGUGGCUGAGGUCUUAGUCAACCAGGGAGCAACGGUCGACCCUGAGACGAAGCUGGGAUACACUCCUCUCCAUGUCGCCUGUCACUAUGGCAACGUUAAGAUGGUCAACUUCCUGCUGAAAAAUCAGGCAAAGGUCAACGCCAAGACGAAGAACGGUUACACACCCCUCCACCAGGCCGCCCAGCAGGGACACACGCACAUCAUCAACCUGCUGCUACAUCACGGAGCGUCGCCCAAUGAGCUCACAGCUAAUGGGAACAGUGCUCUGUCGAUCGCCCGGAGGCUCGGAUACAUCUCUGUGGUCGACACACUCAAAGUGGUCACAGAGGAAACUCUCACCACUCAGACUGUGAUGGAGAAGCACAAGAUGAACGUUCCAGAGACCAUGAACGAGGUGUUGGACAUGUCCGACGAUGAAGUCUGUAAAGCCAAUGUCCCCGAAAUGAUCACAGAGGACUAUAUAUCUGAUGUGGAAGAAGAGAUGGAUGUUGGAAAUAUCUGCAUCAGCUAUUCCUGUGAUGACGCAAUGACGGGGGAUACAGACAAAUACCUGGCCCCCCAGGACCUGCGCGAGCUGGGGGACGACUCGCUCCCGCAGGAGGGCUACAUGGGCUUCAGCGUUGGUGCUCGUUCACAGAGCCUGCGUUCCUUCAGUUCUGAUAGGUCCAACACGCUGAACCGGAGCUCGUUCACGCGCGACAGCAUGAUGAUCGAGGAGAUCCUGGCGCCCAGUAAGGAGAUGCAUUUGGCCGCGGCUAAGGACCUCGACAACGACUCUCUGAGGAGGUACAGCUGGACUGCGGACGCACUGGAUAACGUCAACCUGGUCUCCUCACCGAUACACUCCGGUUUUUCCUCUCCGCUCCCGCAGUACGACAGCAGGUUCCUGGUCAGCUUCAUGGUGGACGCCAGGGGCGGCUCUAUGAGAGGAAGUCGCCACAACGGCAUGCGCAUCAUCAUCCCGCCGAGAAAAUGCACGGCGCCCACCAGGAUCACCUGCAGGCUGGUCAAGAAACACAAGCUGGCGUCUCCUCCUCCCAUGGUGGAAGGAGAAGGCCUGGCCAGCAGACUGGUGGAGGUCGGCCCAGCAGGAGCUCAGUUCCUCGGCCCUGUGAUUGUGGAGAUCCCACACUUUGGCUCGAUGCGGGGCCAGGAGAGAGAGCUGAUCCUGCUGCGCAGUGAGAACGGAGAAUCCUGGAAGGAGCAUCUGUACGACUACAAGACGGACGACCUCAAACAGCUGCUCAGCGGGAUGGAUGAAGAGCUCGACAGUCCUGAGGAGCUGGAGAAGAAGAGAAUCUGCCGCAUCAUCACCAAGGACUUCCCGCAAUACUUUGCUGUAGUGUCCAGAAUCAGACAGGAGACCAAUCACAUGGGACCAGAGGGCGGGACUCUGUGCAGUCGGAGCGUCCCAUUGGUUCAAGCUUCCUUCCCAGAGGGGGCUUUAACCAAGAAGAUCAAAGUGGGACUACAGGCUCAGCCAGUACCCGACGACACCGUUAAGAAAAUCCUCGGCAACAGAGCGACCUUCAGCCCCAUCGUUACCGUGGAGCCCAGAAGAAGAAAGUUCCACAAGCCCAUCACCAUGACAAUCCCAAUCCCGCCCCUCUCAGGGGAGGGGCUUACCAACGGCUACAAAGGAGACUGCACUCCAUGCCUCCGCCUUCUCUGUAGCAUUACAGGCGGUACGUCCCCGGCUCAGUGGGAAGACAUCACCGGUACGACUCCUCUCACCUUCGUCAAUGACUGCGUCUCCUUCACCACCAACGUCUCGGCCAGGUUCUGGUUAGCGGACUGUCACCAGAUCCCGGAGACGGUGGGCUUGGCCACGCAGCUGUACAGGGAGCUCAUCUGCGUGCCGUACAUGGCCAAGUUCGUGGUGUUCGCUAAGAUGAACGACCCCGUGGAGUCCAGGCUGAGGUGUUUCUGUAUGACCGACGACAAGGUGGAUAAGACUCUGGAGCAGCAGGAGAACUUUGAGGAGGUGGCCAGGAGCAAAGACAUAGAGGUCCUGGAGGGUCGGCCCAUCUAUCUGGACUGCUAUGGAAACUUGGCUCCUCUGACCAAAGCUGGUCAGCAGUUAGUUCUUAACUUUUACGCCUUCAAGGAGAACCGUUUACCCUUCUGUGUCAAGGUGAGAGAUCCCAGCCAGGAGCCCUGCGGUCGUCUUACGUUCCUUAAGGAAUGUAGGACGGCAAAGGGCCUCCCGCAAACCGCCGUGUGCAACCUUAACAUCACACUUCCUGCUAUGAAAAAGGAAAUGGAGUCAGAUGCCGAGGAUGAGACUGAAAAGCCAGAGCGACGUCAUACCUUUGCAUCCCUAGCCUUACGUAAGCGCUACAGCUAUCUGGCCGAGCCUGCACUGAGCCCUCAGAGUCCCUGUGAGAGAACAGACCUCCGCAUGGCGAUAGUAGCCGACCACCUCGGACUCAGCUGGACUGAGCUGGCCAGGGAGCUGGAUUUCUCUGUGGACGAGAUCAACUUCAUCAGAGUGGAGAACCCCAACUCCCUGACAGCACAGAGCUUCAUGCUCCUAAAGAAAUGGGUGCACAGGGACGGUAAAAAUGCCACAACGGACGCUCUAACCGCGGUGCUGACUAAGAUCAAUCGGUUGGAUAUUGUGACUUUGCUGGAAGGGCCCAUAUUUGACUACGGUAACAUUUCAGGCACACGCUGCUUUGCCGAUGAUAACGCAGUAUUCCCGGAUCAGUCCGAUGGAUACCACAAUAUAGAUCUGGAGCUGAAAACCCCCUCAGACCUGAACUACCAGCCCCCGACCCCUCUGCGCUCAGACGACUUCUUUAGCGAGGCUGAUUUUAGCGCAGACUCCCCUAGCAAGAACACGCUAACUAGACCUAGUGACCUCUCGCUCACUCAGACCACCAGUACCUCCAGCAGCGAUCCGGUCACAGUCGCCCCAGCCCCUGGAUCCGGCGCCACAGGGCCCCCUAUUGUCGGGGCUGAAGAUACAGCCUUGACCUCUGGAGAACGGCUGAUGCCCGCAGAACAAAUGUCAGGGUUGGCCUCCUAUGAGAGGCCUGAUAACGAAAGAAGGGCGGUAGAGAAAUCAGGAAAUGGAACAGACGAGCAAGCCGAGGCCUUAGAGACAGAAAUUAGGGCGGGGAAUGGCGUCGUUUUGGAGCGUCAGGUAGAAAACCAAAAAGACGAGGCGGCUUCUGGUCAUGAAAAUGGAAGGCAGGAAGAGGAAGAAGAGGAGAUGACCCAGGAGAGGCUGCAGAGUCUGCUGGAGGACAUAAAGCUGGAGGGAGGCUUGGAGGACGUGGAUAUGACAGAGGAGAGGGUGAAUGCCAUCCUUGAACAAGUACGGCAAGCAGAGAAAGACAUGUGUUCAGUUUCAGGCUGGAGAAGUGAGACCUCCGGCGCAAUCGGCGAGUCAGCAGGCCCCGCCGCUGAGGAGGGCAGCCCCGACAGUCUGGCUGAUUCACUGGAGCAGCCCCCAGCUCAGGCCGAGAGACUGAACGGAGGUCACAGUGAAGCGGGAAAGGAGAAGGAAGCCAAGAGGAAAGGAUCUCGGGAGGACAGCAGCACAGCCGGACCAAGCGGAGUACAGGAUGAGGGAGGAGAAAGGUCCCAGCACAAAGUCCAGGGGGGUGUUAGAGCCGACGAGUCCGACUCUGACGAGGAGACCACAGUCACCACCAGGGUGUACCGCCGACGAGUCAUACUCAAGGGCGAGGAGGCUAAAAACAUUCCUGGAGAGUCUGUGACCGAGGAGCAGUUCACAGACGAAGACGGGAAUCUGGUCACCAGAAAAGUGAUCAGAAAGGUGGUGCGCCGUGUUUACAACUCUGAGGAAAGAAAGGAGAGUGAGAGCGACACUCUCACAGAAGAAGGAGUUGGUGUUGGUUCAGGAGCAGGUGGAGCUGCUCCUUCAGCAGCAGCAGCAUCAGGAGGAGGCGGAGCCACAGGGGGGAAGGGCAAGAAGAGGGGGAAGCGUUCCAAACAGGGCAACAAGGCCGAGAAGUCUGGAGAGGAGGCCCAGAAAGGGAAAUCAGAGCCUGGAGAUGGUGCCAACAAGAAACAAGGGAAGAAGAGUCAAUCAUAACAGCAGAGCGAUCAACUAAACCAGGUCCACUGACGUCCACUUGCGACACCACACACACAUCCUGGGAGGGAAAAAACGGACUGGGAGCCUCGUCAACUCGGCCAAAAUCGUGUCUGAAGCUUUCACUUUACAACGCAUGACUUUCAGCAAGACAACGCAACAACAAGAGUUACUUUUCUUUGAUUUCGCAUGAGCAUGUCACUCAAACUCACACACACUGUCGGAAACAACGUGGAAGGACACGCAUGGACGUGACCUUGAACUUUUUAUCUUCGACGAGACGGAAAGGGGCGUCUGUGACCAAAGAUGGCAGAAACAGAAAAAACAGGAAUACGUGUGAUUCACUCUCUCAAGACACUCGCCUUACAUGGUCUAUUUUUUCCUCCUGGAACCCCACAGUAUCGGGGGUGCACCGUGUGGUUCUUUUUUUAAAAAGAUGAUAGUAGAUGGGUGAUUUUUGUUGUAUAUAAAUGACACUGUAAAAAAAAAUCAACAACAACAAAAAAAAGAAUCAGUAGCUUCACAGAUUGUUUAUGCACUGAUUAGCGUUGAAGCUUCGCGGCGGCGGUGCGUUUGUAUCGAGAGGUCGACACAGUGCGAGGCAGCCUCGACUGUGUGGCCUGACGUGCUCUUCCACAUGAUGAAAUGAAACAACAACAAAAAAACGCUGUUUGUUAACGAACGGAGGAGAUGGAAAAAAAUAACUGCUCGAUUUGGACGUUUCUUUUAAGCCAACUGUUCUGCGUCUUCGGGGAAAACGAUAUUCUGCUGCAUGUGACGUCACUUUAUUUCUAACGCCUUUGUUUUAGUUUGCUCCCGAUUCUUAAGCACUGUAAUACAACAAGAGAAGGCGGCCAUGGUACUUCUGUCUGUGUGAGCACUCAUUAUAACCCAAUCAUCCGUCUAAUGUAACUGAUUUUUACAGACAUGAAAUCAUACUCUUAACGCUGACAGACUGAAACUUUGAUUAAUCUCAAAUCGGCUUGCAGCCCCCGUGUGUGUGUGUGUGCGUUAGUGUGUGUGUGUGUGUGUGCGUUAGUGUGUGUGUGUGUGUGUGUGUGUGUGUGUGUGUGUGUGUGUGUGUGUGUGUGUGUGUGUGUGUGUUUGCAGCAAUCAAUUAAAAAUGUCAUCAUCCAUACUGGAAGUCCAAGCUUUUAGUUCUGCUGUGGUUUUAAAAAAAAGGGGACUGUUUUAUUUUGAUGGUUUGAUUCCUUUUAUUUAAUUGAAAAGCCUGUAAUAACAUGAGAACAGAGAAUCUCGUUUUUAGCUCCUUUUUACAAACUAAAAUCACUAAAAUCACAGUAUUGAUCACAAGCUGUUCAUUUUCUCUUCAUGUGUAAGAUCUUCUUUUUUUCUUCUUUUCUUUUCUGUUUUGUCUUUUUUCAUACAAAAACCACCCGAGUCAUCCGUCGUUGAUGAUUAAUCUGGUACCAACAUGUAUGACGAACCAACAUAGCCUACACUGGAUGAUCCAAGUAAUAAUUAUUUAAGCAGAAAAAUAAAUUGUUUAAACUGAA